AAUUAGGAUGGCUUGAAGAAGGAACAACAGACAAAUGGGCCACCAAACUUAGAUUUUUAAAUCAAAACCUGGGUUCUAUUAAUUUUAUUACUAAUAUGAGUAAGGAUGAAAUUACCAAGAACCAAAAGAAAAUGGAAGGAUUACUCAAAACAGACAAGUUAGAGGAUACCUCCAACUUAGCAGGAAAAAAAAAUGACAAGAAGAAGACUUAA